AUGCCUGACCAAGUGAAAGCGCCCAAGAAGGGCUCCAAGAGCGGCAAGAAGAGGAAGAGGAGCAGGAAGGAAAGCUACGCCAUCUACGUCUACAAGGUGCUCAAACAGGUGCAUCCCGACACCGGUAUCUCUUCCAAGGCUAUGGGCAUCAUGAAUUCUUUCGUCAGCGACAUCUUUGAGCGCAUCGCUGGAGAGGCCUCUCGUCUGGCUCACUACAACAAGCGCUCCACCAUCACCUCUAGGGAGAUCCAGACCGCCGUUCGCCUGCUGCUGCCCGGAGAGCUGGCCAAGCACGCCGUGUCUGAGGGAACUAAGGCUGUCACCAAGUACACCAGCUCCAAGUAAACCUGUGUAUCUUAACUAACCCAAAGGUCCUUUUAAGGACCACCCACAAUAAUAAGAGAGUGAAAUUCUGUAUCAUAAUUUUGUAGCUGAUGUGGUGACAUAAACAAUAUCACACAUUAACUUUCAUUUAGUGGUAGAUGUGCUGUGUCAGAUAUGCUGUAUUUAUUCAUUUGCCCACACGUCCGUGUUUUCAUCACACCUGUCCCACUGUUAAGAGGCCUGCUAUUUUCUUCAUUGAAGGAUUCUUGUAAAAGUCCUUAACAGAAAUAAAAUAAGACAAAUGUGCAGAAAAGACGCAUUUAUUUCCGUUUUAUCUGCACCUUGCAAGUAUGAAACUUGUUAUAAACAAAGCAAUGCAUG